CCCGGCCAGGUGAGACACUCCGAGCUCAGCUGGUGUCAGGUUUCACAUCCAGGUGUGGCCGCUCAGCUGCCGGUCAGACUGACCGAGCCGUGUGUUCGUUAACUGCCGGUUUAACGGCGGCGUUACCGGAUUACCGGGAGCUAACAGCUAACAGAGCCGCUGUUACGUCCAGAGGACUCCGUCAAAAUGCCUCAAACCAGCAAGUCAGCGUGUGGCAGCAGCGUGCCGGGACCGGUAUCUGCUCCAGACCAGGGCGAGCCUCCGCCACAGGACGUCAGGACUCUGGUGGAUGCUGGAGAUGGAGGAGGAGGAGGAGGAGGAGGAGGAGGAGGAGCUGCCGCUGCAGGAGAGCAGGGAGACCCGGAGAUCAUCAAAUCACCGAGCGACCCGAAGAAAUACAGAUACAUCGAGCUGAGUAACGGCCUCCGAGCGCUGCUCAUCUCAGACUUCAGCGGUGCGGACGGGAAGGGGGAGGACAGCGGAGAGGACAAGGGGGAGGCGGAGGACGGGGAGGAGGAGGAGGAGGAAGGUGAGGAAGAAGGGGAUUCUGGAGAGGGGUCGGAGGAAGACGAGGAGGAAGAUGAAGAGGAGGAGCAGGACAGCGACUUCGAUGAGCUGGACGAGGACAACGCAGCAAAGAAGAAGAGAGGGAGCUCUGAGAAGCAGGCAGCAGCCGCUCUGUGCAUCAGCGUGGGGAGCUUCAGCGAUCCGGACGACCUGCCCGGCCUCGCCCACUUCCUGGAGCACAUGGUGUUUAUGGGCAGCGAGAAAUACCCGGCGGAGAACGGCUUCGACGCCUUUCUGAAGAAGCACGGCGGCAGCGACAACGCCUCCACCGACUGCGAGAGAACCAUCUUCCAGUUCGACGUCCAGAGGAAGUAUUUCAGAGAGGCGCUCGACAGGUGGGCUCAGUUCUUCAUCUGUCCUCUGAUGAUAGAAGACGCCAUCGACAGAGAGGUGGAGGCCGUGGACAGCGAGUACCAGUUAGCGAGGCCGUCUGACUCUCAUCGUAAGGAGAUGCUGUUUGGGAGUUUGGCUAAACCAGGACAUCCCAUGAGCAAGUUCUGCUGGGGUAACGCUCAGACAUUAAAGCACGAGCCCAGAGAGAAGCAGAUCAACACCUACCAGAGACUCAGACACUUCUGGAAGAGAUAUUACUCUGCUCACUACAUGACACUCGCCGUUCAGUCCAAAGAGACUCUGGACACUCUGGAGCAGUGGGUGAGAGAGAUCUUCAUCAAAGUCCCCAACAACGGUGAACCUCCAGCUGACUUCUCUGACCUCCAGCAGCCGUUUGACACGCCGGCCUUCAACAAACUCUACAGAGUGGUUCCUGUGAGGAAGGUUCACGCUCUGACCAUCAGCUGGGCCGUCCCACCGCAGGGGAAACACUACAGGGUGAAACCUCUUCAUUAUAUCUCGUGGCUGAUCGGACACGAAGGAACCGGCAGCAUCCUGUCACUGCUCAGGAAGAAGUGCUGGGCUCUGGCUCUGUUUGGAGGGAACAGCGAGACGGGUUUCGACCAGAACACCACCUACUCCAUCUUCUCCAUCUCCAUCACCCUCACUGACCAGGGCUACGAGAACUUCUACCAGGUGGUCCACUUUGUGUUCCAGUACCUGAAGAUGCUGCAGACUCUGGGUCCACAGCAGAGGAUCUAUGAAGAAAUUCAGAAGAUCGAAGCCAACGAGUUCCACUAUCAGGAGCAGACGGAUCCCAUCGAGUUUGUGGAGAACAUCUGUGAGAACAUGCAGCUGUUUCCUAAAGACGACUUCCUGACCGGAGACCAGCUCAUGUUUGAGUACGACCAGCAGGUCAUCAGUGCUGCUCUGUCCCUGCUGACUCCUGACCGAGCGAAUCUGCUGCUGCUGUCACCGGAGAACGAAGGUCACUGUCCGCUCAGAGAGAAGUGGUUCGGUACCUGCUACAACAUGGAGGACGUCUCUGAGGAGUGGGCUCAGCGCUGGACAUCAGACUUUGAGCUGAACUCUGAGCUCCACCUUCCUGCUGAGAACAGAUUCAUCGCGACGGAUUUCACCCUGAAAACGUCCGACUGUCCGGACUCCGAGUUCCCCGUCCGGAUCGUGAACACGGAUCGAGGCUGUCUGUGGUACAAGAAGGACAACAAGUUCAAGAUCCCCAAAGCUUAUAUCCGGUUCAACCUGAUCACCCCGAUGAUCCAGAAGAGUCCAGAGAAUCUCGUCCUCUUUGACCUCUUUGUCAACAUCUUGGCUCACAACCUGGCGGAACCGGCCUACGAGGCCGACGUGGCUCAGCUGGGAUACAAGCUGGUGGCCGGAGAGCACGGACUGGUGAUCCGACUGAAGGGCUUCAACCACAAGCUGCCGCUGCUGUUGAAGCUGAUCGUGGAUCAUCUGGCCGAGUUCACCGCAGAGCCGGGCGUCUUCACCAUGUUCUCUGAGCAGCUGAAGAAAACCUACUUCAACAUCCUCAUCAAACCCGAGAGGCUCGGCAAGGACGUUCGUCUGUUGAUCCUGGAGCACUGUCGCUGGUCGGUCAUUCAGAAGUAUCAGGCAGUGAUGAAGGGACUGACCGUCGACGACCUCCUGACCUUUGUCAGCGGGAUGAAGGCGGAGCUGUACACGGAAGGACUCGUGCAGGGAAACUUCACGAGUGCGGAGUCCAAAGAGUUUCUGCAGUACUUCAUCGAUAAGCUGCAGUUCCAGCCUCUGUCAGCAGAGGUCCCCGUGUUGUUCCGUGUGGUGGAGUUGCCUCAGACGCAUCAUCUCUGCAAGGUCAAGUCUCUCAACAAAGGAGACGCCAACUCCGAGGUCACCGUCUACUACCAGUCGGGCCUGAAGAACCUCAGAGAACACGCCCUGAUGGAGCUGAUGGUGAUGCACAUGGAGGAGCCCUGCUUCGACUUCCUCAGGACGAAGGAGACGCUGGGGUACCAGGUGUACCCGACCUGCAGGAACACCUCAGGGGUGCUGGGUUUCUCCGUCACCGUGGAAACACAAGCCACCAAGUUCAGCACGGAGUUCGUCGAGGCGAAGAUCGAGGAGUUCCUGGUCAGCUUCGGCGAGCGUUUGGCGAGUCUGAGCGAAGAGGCCUUUAAGACGCAGGUGACGGCUCUCAUCAAGCUGAAGGAGUGUGAGGACGCCCACCUGGGGGAGGAAGUGGACCGCAACUGGUUUGAGGUCGUCACGCAGCAGUACGUCUUCAAGCGGCUCAACAAGGAGAUCGAGGCCCUGAAGCUCUUCAGUCAGGAGGAGCUGGUCUCCUGGUUCCUGGAGCACAGAAACACGAGCAGCAGGAAGCUCAGCGUCCAUGUGGUCGGUUUCGGGGUGGAGGAGAACGACCCGCCGGAGCAGAGCACCUCCUGCGGCUCGGACAGCUCCGACAAACCUCCCUCCUCGUCCUACGGCGAAGUGAGUGAGCUCACCUUCCUGCCGGCCUCGUCGCCAUCGCUCCAGGACGUCACGCUCAUCAGCGACAUCAGAGCGUUCACCUCCUCCCUCUGCCUCCACCCUUACCACAAAAUCCUCAGCUAGGUCACUGCAAACAAGACCGGACGGAGGCCGAAGACAUGCUCGUUAGGUCUCUAUGUCCGAGAUAAUAAAGUAACCAUGGAAACAGCUAGCGUUAAUGUUUGAGCCAAAAGGACACUUUUAGAACGAAACUGAGGAACUUUUCACGUCUUUAGUUACUUUGUUUUUAUGAGUGGUUGUAAUAAUGCUGCAUUCACAUCCUGUGGGAACAAUCUGCGCCUGUAUUCAUAAAACAUCCAUAAUCCAUCUGAGAAACAACAGUUUGAAACAUUUAAGACUUCAUUAUGUAGCUAAAGGCUUCAUGUGUGCGGGCAGUGGUCUGCUGUACUGUAGCUUACAGGAUAUAUGCAAAAAACAUGAUGCUGAAGGUUCCGACUCCAUGACCGACCAACGAGACGUUUGCAAUUCAAACUAAGGACAGAUCAUGUGACUCUGUCCCGCCCAGUCCUUACAUUGUUUUACAUGAAGCAGACACACUGAGGUCGCUUCACAGUAACAGUCUGAACUCACGGCUCGUCUAUCAUUGUUUAAAACACUGAGAAAAGAGUCCAACAGAACCACUGCAGCCAUUAAUUCAAUUAAAUCUUCCUAAAAACAAACAUUUCAUGGACCCAACAACUAAUCAAUCAAUUAAACAGUUAAUCAAAAGACUGGUCACCAGAUUAACUGACAGUAAUCAGUGUUGAGUUUCAGCUUCAAGUCACAGGAUCUCUCCUGAACAUCAACGCUGACACAAGUUGAUAACUUUAAAUGAAUUAGUAAGGACGGAUUAACUGCAGACGCUCGAUAAAUUCAGGCCCGGAGCUUCUCUCUGAUACAAGACUCAGCUCGACUGACUCUUCGACUGUUUCCAUUGUCACUGUGAAAAAAUGCAAACAAACAACCGAAGUACAGAAAACUACAAUCAUGGCAUGAAAUGAGUCUGAACGUUUCCUCGCUGCUUUAAACUGUGAAAUGAUUUGUACGACUAUUCCCAGGUGAAGUGAAUGCAGCGCGAUGACUCAGGGUCGGUUACGAACGACAACAAGAAGGGCAGAACUAAAAAAACAGCUGUUUUUAUUUAUUACGUAUGAUUUCCAUGUUCACGUGUUCAUACUGUAAUAAAGGAGGAUGUAUAUGACAAACUAAAUGUAUAGACUAACAGUAUGUGGUGGGAUGUACUGCAGUAGUUUGUGACGGCCACCAAAAUAAUUUCAAUUAACUCGAUCUGCAUUUCGGCGAUAAUUAAAAGUACAAUACUCAAAAACUUCAUCAAAAGUUUGUUUUUUUUGGAUUGUUCUGUCUUUAAAAGAAUAAAAUCAAAUAAUAAAAA